AUGGAUUCUCUUAUUGACAAACUUCAUCAUACUUCCGUGGAAGAUCUCGAGGAAGACAUGCACGAAGGUAUGGACGAAGAUAUGAACGAAGGUAUGGACGAAGAUAUGGACGAAGAUAUGGAACAGUACGAUCAGCAACCAGAGCCGUGGGAGAGUCACCUCUUCACCUGUGAGGACUGCAACCAGAAUCUGAACCAGUUAUGCUUCAAGAACGAUGCUCUGCUUCCUUUCGCAAGCAGUUCAACCCAUAAGAGCCAGCGGAUCCCUGAAGAAGUUCUUCUUUCGGCCACCGAACUCUAUCGGCUACAAGACGAGAAUCUCGACGCUCACCUCGCUGCUCAGAAAGGUCCACUCCGGUGCAACGAAUGCUGGUUCGAGAAACUCGGCCUAGACCAUCUACCAUCACGAUUCCAGGAUUUUGAUCCAGACGACUGUGUAGAAUUCUACUACCCUCUACCACGGGAGAUUGGGUGUCGAGACGUCAGGCUGCCGACAUGGAUGAUUCGCUGCACUGGAUGUCACACGUGGCAAAGCAGCGUUCAAUAUCCUGGAUCACGCCUGUUCGAUGGUUCUGGUUCCUGCAUUACAUGUACACGUAUUCCCAGGCUUCCGUACGUCGCCAAGCUCGAUUGGCGAGAUAUCGGAAAGAACAGCUACACGGUCAAAUUUUACAGAGAUGAAGUUCCGCGUAUACCCUGGCGGGACGUUGUCGGGAGAGAACCGUCAAUCAGGGAUUCAGCCAAGCAGAGUUGCAUCAGGCUUUUCUAUGAAUGGGAAAGAAGUGAUGAGCCUCUCCGUGUUUGGGCAGCUCUGUUUCACCUCCGCGAAUAUUUUGGCGAGCAUAGAGGGCAGUUGGAGAACUUGUUUGGUACCAUGGCGAAACAAAACUUCACAUCCAGCAGAGCAAGCUACCACCAUUUCCAGCUGCAGCAGGUUCUGAGAUCCCUGGAGACAGAUGCUUCGAACAAAGCAGCGGACUCGGUUUUUGGCGGCGAGUUUGAACGGGUGUGGCUGGUGUUCUCCCGGAUCAAGGCACAGUUUUACGAGGAGUUCUCUAGGAGUGAACUCGCACAUUUUCGAGUAUUUUCGCGUGGAGAAAAUUGUUGA